AUGAGGACAGAUGUUGUGUUGCUGUAUCUCACCCUCAUACGCUUUGGGGCUAGUAUUCCAAAAGAUCCUCCUGCAAUAAAUGUUGUAUCUCUUAACUAUACAAGAAAUUAUCCAGCAUUUAUGGGCAAUAAGGCUGACUAUGGUCCCCUAAAAAAAAACAAGAUGGACAUUCAACUGCUCUUGAUAUCGGACAGAACCCUGUAUAUUGGUGCCAGAAACCGUGUCUAUUCUUUGAAUCUGGAUGAAUCACAUACGGAUGAAAUUUAUUAUAGUGGUAGCUUGUUAUGGAAUCCAAGUGAGGAUGCUGAAGAAAAAUGCAGGAUUUAUGGACAACAAGAGGAGGAAUGCAAUAAUUUUAUCAAGGUGCUCCUCAGAAGAAAUGAGGAUACAUUAUUUAUUUGUGGCACAAAUGCUUUCAGUCCCUCCUGUGCACAUUAUCAGGUGGAUUCUCUGGAGCUUAAAGGAGAUUACAUCAGUGGAGCUGGCAGGUGCCCACAUGAUAGAAAAGAUGGAAAUAUUGCUUUGUUUGCAGAUGACAAUCUGUAUUCUGGGACAGUGACAGAUUUCCAGGGGUCAGAUCCGAUCAUUUACCGAAGCCUUGGAGACCUCCCAAACCUUCGGACAGUCAAAUAUGACUCAAGGUGGUUGAAAGAGCCUCACUUUGUCCAUGCAGUGGAUUAUGGUGACUAUAUAUACUUCUUCUUUGGAGAAAUAUCGGUAGAAUACUAUGGCGUGGAAAAGGUUAUUUUACCCAGAGUAGCUCGAGUUUGCAAGGAUGACAGGGGUGGAAAUCAAGAAUUCCUGGAAAAAGAGUGGACUUCCUUCCUCAAGGCCCGCCUGGUGUGUGCAUUUCCUGCAGAUCCACCCCUUUUCUUUAACCACCUGGAAUCAGUUACAGAUGUUGUUAAUGUCAAUGGCCAGGACAUGGUCUUUGCCAUCUUCACUACUCCUAAACACAGCAUUCCUACCUCUGCUUGUUGUGCUUUUGCUCUUGAUGACAUUGACAAGGUCUUUACUGGGAGAUUUAAACAACAGAGGACUCCGGUUUCACUGUGGACACCAGUUCCUGACAAUGAAGUGCCCACACCCAGGCCAGGUUCCUGUGCUGGUUCAGGAUCACUUGAAGGAUACGCAUCAUCCACUAGUAUUCCAAGUGACACUCUAGCAUUUUCCAGAACACAUACUCUCAUGGAUGAAUCAGUAAAAGCAGUUUCUCGCCAUCCCUUGUUUUUACGCACACCUUUCAUGGCUGAGGAAGCCGUGGUCAAAAUUGCUGUCGAUACUGCUGCUGGGCCAAAUGAAGAUCACACUGUUCUUUUUAUUGGAUCAGAGCGUGGACGACUUUCAAAGGUCUUGCUCAGGAAAGAAGGCAGUGUGUUGCUGGAGGAGAUGUACAUUUACAAUUACCAAACGUGUCUACACAGUGAAGCAACAAGAAACAAAAUAAUAGACAUGAAGGUGGACAAGCCAAAUAAAGUUCUUUAUGUUGCCUUCGCCCACUGUGUAAUAAAAGUUCCAUUGGGAGGCUGCGAGCGUCAUGGUCCAUGCAAAAAGGCUUGUAUACGCUCCAGAGACCCCUACUGCGGAUGGGCAAAUGAAGCAUGCAUCCAUCUCGUUCCUGGAAUUCCGGUCGACUAUGAGCAGGACAUUGAGCAUGGCAACACUGAUGGCCUGGAAGAUUGCUGAAGCGAGCAACAG